AUGUGUUCUUCUCUGCAAAUACAAGACACACAUAUUAAAACUUGGCUUCUAUCUUGGUUCUCUGAUAGAGAUGAUUACUCUGAGAAAUUAGUUUCUGCUCUUAUGAUUACUGCAUGGUUCAUCUGGAAAAACCAAUGUCUGAAAGAGUUUAAUAAUAAACAUCAGAACAUUCCCUCAACAGUUUUUUCUAUCAAGCACAUGCUUAAUCAGUGUUCCAGUUCCAAGCAACAUAGUACGGAGUCACAAAUUACUUACUGGUCUCCACCACAAAGAGACAUGCUUAAAAUUAAUAUGGAUGCUUCUUUUGAUAGUAAUCACUUAUAUGCAGGAAUUAGUUUAAUCAUUCGUGAUUCUGCAGGAAAUUGUCAAGGCAUCAGAGGGAGGUUCAUUCAUGGUGGAGUAGAUCUUGAGAAUCCUGAAUGCCUAGCCUUAAAAGAAUCUAUCAUUUGGGCUAGGGAGAAAAACCUAACUAAAGUAAUGUUUGAAGGUGAUUGUGUAAAUAUGGUAAACUGUGUCACGCAAGCUAAAUCUUCAGUUCGAUGGGGGAAUGAAGCCAUUGUAAAUGAAAUAAGACAACUAUUUUCUUGGUUUUCUUGGUUUAAUGUAAGCUAUGUUAAAAGACAAGCAAACAAGGUGGCACAUGUAAUAGCAAACAAGGCUAGAACUGAUAUAACAUCUUUUGAUUAUCACUAUAGUAUUCCUGAAAAUUUCAUGGUUGAAAUCAGGAAUGACCAAAGUCAUAUCAGUCAAUGUAACAUGUAA